AUGCCAAUUGAUCCAGAGAAGUUAGCCAAGUUGCAAAAGUCCAACCCAAAGAAGGUUGGUGGUGCCAGAGUUAAGGCCAAGAAGGUGGUGAAGGAAGUUGACGACGUCAAGCUCGUUGAGGCGUUGGGCAAAAUGAAGGCCACCAAAGUGGAAGGCGUCGAGGAGGCCAACUUCUUCAAAGACAAUGGCAAAGUGUUGCAUUUCAACAGAGUCGGUGUCCAGGCCGCUUCCCAGUCCAACACUUUUGCUUUCACCGGUUACCCACAGGAAAAGGACAUCACCCAGUUGAUCCCAGGCAUCUUGCCUCAGUUGGGUUCUGAGAACUUGGAGGCCUUGAGACAGUUGGCCGCUCAGCUCCAGGCCGGCAAGGCUCCCGAGGAGUUGAAUGCCGGCGCUGGCGCCCAGGGUGCCGACGAGGACAUUCCAGACUUGGUGCAGGGGGAGAAGUUUGAUGAUGUCGAGUAA